AUGCCUCAAGAUACGCGUCAAAUGCAGGAAGAGAUCGACAGACGUGAGAAGAUUGUGCGUAUCCUCGGAUCAUGGGAGUUACUGCAUUGGCAUAGCAUGCAAAAUAAUGAGACGCGUCACCGCUUCAAGAAGCAGCUGAUAGGUAUUGAGGACGAUAAUGACCUGUGGGAGGACGAGAUGGCGGAUGACGAAGAGGAGGAAGAGAAGCAGAAGAAGCUGAAGGCGCGUCGCAAGGGUGAGGCGGCUGAAGGAAGCGCUAGUGGGAAGUAA